AUGGCCAUGAACUACGCUGCCACAUUGGAGAUCACUCAGUAUCUACAUGACAAUCGCACGGAGGGAUGCUCGGAAAUGGCGAUGAACUAUGCCGCGUCACAGGGCAGGCUGGACAUUGUCCAGUUCCUUCAUGAGAACCGCACGGAGGGCUGCUCAGCCGACGCAAUGGACAGAGCUUGCGAGAACAAUCAUCUGGACAUUGUCAAGUACCUCCAACAACAUCGCACCGAAGGCUGCACUACCAAUGCAAUGGCCGACGCAUCAUACAAUGGACAUCUCGACAUGGUCAAGUACCUCCAUCAACAUCGAACUGAGGGUUGUACUGAGGAGGCAAUGGACAUGGCGGCCGAGGUGGGCCAACUGCCCGUCAUUGAGUUCCUGCAUAACAAUCGAACGGAGGGGUGCACCAGUCGUGCGAUGCACUGGGCCGCCUCGGAUGGACACCUGGCCACCGUACAGUUCCUGCACCUCAAUAGACAGGAGGGUUGCUCACACAACUCGAUGGACUGGGCGGCCUCGCACGGUCACCUGUCGACCAUCGAAUAUCUGCACCAUAAUCGUACGGAAGGUUGCUCUUCCGAUGCCAUGGACUGGGCCGCAUCCAAUGGACACUUGGAUGUGUUUCUGUUCUUGAGGCAUCAUCGUACUGAGGGCAACACGGUCGCUGCGAUGGAUUAUGCGGCCGCGGCUGGACACCUUGACAUGGUCAUGUAUCUACACAAUACAAAUCAAGGAUGUACGGAGGAGGCAAUGGACAAGGCGGCGCAGUAUGGAUACAUGGAGGUGCUACAACUGCUUCACGAGAGACGAACAGAGGGCUGCACAACAAACGCGAUGGACUAUGCUGCUCAGAAUGGACAUCUCAACGUCGUGGAAUACCUUCACAAGACACGAACAGAGGGUUGCACAGUGCAGGCAAUGGACUUGUCAGCGAUGGAGGGCGACAUUGACAUGGUGCGGUUCCUUCAUCAAUAUCGCACAGAAGGCUGCACGACAAAGGCGAUCAACUGGCUGGCACGACGAGGCAAUCUUCAUCUCCUCGAGUUCCUUCAUCGUAAUCGCAAAGAGGGAUUCACCGAUGACGCGAUAGAGCUUGCGGCGGGCCUUGGCAAGUUGGACAUUGUCAAGUACCUUCGCGACAAUCAAUCAACGAGCCAGGAGGUCACGUUCAGGGCCAUCCAGUGCGCAGCAUCUGGCGGACAACUUGAGAUAUUCCAGUAUCUACAGCGACCAUUGACAGAGCGCAUCAUAACUGAUCACUUGUUGAUGAUGAAGCACUUGAUCACUCACAUGCCCGACGUUAUACAUCCCAACACGAUAGAUAUGGCGGCCAAAUCUGGCAAUGUUGGUUUGAUCCAAUACCUUCACCAUCACAUUCCUCAACUAGGCUGCACAACAAAGGCAUUGGAUUGGGCUGCUGAAGGCGGUCACCUUAGCACCGUUCAAUAUCUCCACCAACACAGGACUGAGGGAUGCACGACUGAAGCCAUGGACAAUGCCGCGAGACGUGGACAUCUUGCAGUUCUCCAAUAUCUUCACAACAAUCGGACUGAGGGCUGUACAAAAGACGCAAUGGAUUCAAUCCACUCAGCUGAACACCUAUCAAUCAUUCAAUUCCUACAUUAUAAUCGAACGGAGGGAUGCAAUGUCUCUGCAAUGGACACGGCGGCCGAGAAUGGACUUCUGACCACGGUACAAUUCCUUCAUAACAAUCGCACGGAAGGUUGUACUGUUCAUGCAAUGGAUGGUGCUGCAGGUCAGGGUCAUCUCACAGUCGUUCAAUUCUUACAUCACAAUCGCACUGAAGGAUGUACGGAACAGGCAUUGGAGAACGCAGCACGUCGAGGUGAUCUAACAAUGGUCAAGUUCCUUUGUGAGAACCGUACCGAAGGAACUAUAUCCAUGGCUUUGGCCGCUACCAACGUCCAAGAGGUUAUAAAUUACCUAAACAAAGGGAAACAACUACAACAACAUCAAGAAUAG